UGACCUUAAUUUUAAGUUAUCAUUCUUCCUCUAUAUAUAUAUAUAUUGUACCACUUUGAGUUUUCUAUCCUAGUUGCUUUGCAUCUCUGUACCUCUUGGAGUUCUAUCUUUGUGUCUGUCUAAACCUUAAUAUCCGAAUGCCGGAAAACAUGAGUAUAUCAGUAAAUGGACAAUCCAAAGUCCCUCCCGGCUUCCGAUUUCACCCAACAGAAGAGGAGCUCUUGCAGUAUUACUUAAGGAAGAAGGUUUCUUAUGAAAAGGUUGACCUCGAUGUAAUUCGUGAUGUCGAUCUCAAUAACCUCGAGCCAUGGGAUAUUCAAGAGGUCUGCAAAAUAGGCAGCACUCCUCAAAACGAUUGGUACUUCUUUAGCCACAAAGACAAGAAAUAUCCCACUGGGACUCGCACCAAUCGUGCAACUGCUGCCGGGUUCUGGAAGGCCACUGGCCGUGACAAAGUAAUAUACGGCAAUUGCAGGCGUAUUGGAAUGAGGAAGACCUUGGUUUUCUACCAAGGCCGAGCCCCCCAUGGGCUAAAAUCUGAUUGGAUCAUGCACGAGUAUAGACUGGACGACAAUAUGACCGACAGUACUAAUAUCUCCAAUGCUGUAGGGGAGGCAGCUCAGGAGGAAGGAUGGGUAGUGUGCCGUAUAUUCAAGAAGAAAAAUCACCAGAAAACCCUAGACAGUAUCCCUAUUGGCUCGAUCAUCACUGCACAAACCAGAACCCUGAUGUUUGACGAUUCUUGUGAUGGAGGGGGAGACUUGGAGCAAGUACUCAAAGACAUGGGAAACUCCAGCAAGAAAUUAUUAGAUCAGAAAGAAGGAAAACGAAGUGCAACAUUUCUCCAUCCCAUCGACACAGGCAAGAAAAUUGGCUACCAUGAGAGAGAUUUCAUGAAACUCCCAAGCCUAGAGAGCCCAAACUCUAACAGCACUGAUCAAAAUCAUAAUUAUCAGUUACCCAUUUCUCCAGAGAUUAAUAAUAUUACAGAAAAUGAUGAUCAAGGCAUAGUCGUCACCAAUCAUCUGCAGGUGAGUGCCAGUACUGAACAUCCCAACUCGGGUUAUCACCUGGUCAACUCAGCUGCCCUCACCAACUGGGCAGCCCUUGAUAGGCUUGUAGCUUCUCAGCUCAAUGGACAGGUCACAGAGGGUUCUAGGCAAUUAUCUUGCUUCCAUGACCCCACCAAUAUGGCUUAUUGCAUCGAUACUAAUCUCCAAUUUUCAACCCUUCGAUCGUCAUCAUCAUCUUCCAACAGAUCAUCCUACCAUCCUAAUUCCGGGCAGGACUACAACAACAGCGAGAUAGAUCUGUGGAGUUUUGCUCAAUCUUCGUCAUCAUUCUCAUCCUCCGACUCACUAUGCCACGUGCCAAACGUUCAGGUAUAACAGAACAACCUUAAUAUUGCAUGUAUACAUUAUAUAUAUAAUGUGUAAUAUUCGGACAAUAAAGUACGUACGUACCUGAUGAUGAAGUCAGAGCUAGGCCAGCAGGCUUUUGUUUACCCGCAGUUUAUAAUUGUGAUGUUAAUGCUAUUAGCUAGCGAUUGAGCGAUGUGUUGGGAUAAAGAAAGCUGAACACGUUUUAGAUGGGAUGCCAUUGUCAGUCA